AUGUAUUCAUAUAGCCAAUCAUCCAGAUGCCUUGGAUUACUGGUACGAAAAGUCAUUGCACCUAGAAAGCUAAUCGUCAAGCGUUUAAUCGUUACAAAUAAUAAUACAGAUGAAGGAAGUUUGAGUGCAAACGGGAAAUUAGAAAAAUCAAACCAAGAGAAGCUUUUGGAUGACAGUCGUACUUAUUUUAAAGAUCAGCGGCGAUUAGAGAAUUUGGCAUGCAGCAUAAGCCAAGAACAAAAAAUUAAUAACUUAAAUUCUGCAGAUAUAGACCCAAAAUCUGAAAAAAGUAUUGUGAGUAUGUUCUACAACCUUGUCGAUUUCAAAUCAUUCAACUCGGUUCCAGAGUCAGACUAUGAUACUACAGCUUUAAUUCGAAAAAAACGAACUCGAACGAAAUUGCCGAGACCACCAGAUGGUUUAAGUCCAGUUAAAUUAGAUCAGUACAUUAAACUAGUCAAUGAGAUGAAUUUCAAUGCGAACAGAAAGCUUUCCAGGGCCAUCUCGAACAUUUACCGAGAGAUUAUCGAUUCUCAGACACUUGUUAACAUCAAAUCAUUUAAUAUUAUUGUGAGAUUUUUCUCCGUGGAGUAUAAUUUUGCAAUGGUUAGAACCAUAUUGUUUCAGAUGGUCGGUAAGCAUAUAAAGCCCGAUGUCAACACUUUUAAUUGUAUACUUUCUGUCAUCAAGAGUAUGAAAUCACCUUAUAAAAAUGACCUAUUUAAGACAUAUCUAAAUCAAAUGAAGAUCUUUGAUAUCAUUCCAGAUUCUACAACGUGGUACAUCAUGUUUGAAUUUCUUGAUGAAGAAAAACUGCCAUUUUACGAUAAAAUGAAAGAAUUGGAAAUAUCGAUGAAGCCAAUUUUUGUGGAAUAUCUUCGUUUCCUACAUAAAUAUAAAGGUACCCCCGUGGAAGAGCUAUUGACACUGCUCGAAAAAGAGAAAUUACAUUUAGACAAACAUUUAUUGACCACAUUCGUACAGAUUGAAUUAGAAGAUGAUAAUGCCCAGAAGGCUUUUGAAUUGCUUGACAGUUUUGCAGGUCCAGGUGGUCGGAUCAAACGUGUUGACUUUAAUAGUUUGAUCACGAUGGUCAAGUACUUUGCUGUUGAUAGAAUGCAGCCAUACUUUGCAAUUGCGACCAUCAAUUAUUUCCGAAGUCAUUAUGGCCUAAGCUUGAAAAUAUAUAGGUGUUACGUUGAGCUCGCUAAAUGUAUGUUAAAGUGUCCAUAUUUCAAAAACUGGUCGAUAUUAACCAGAAUAUAUUACAAAGAGUCAAUGAUGGGGGUUGGUCAAUCUCUCAUCAACAAAAAAGACAUUCAUGCUUUGAAUGACCGUGCUAAAAGCUUUGAAAUAGAGGAUUUUGACAUUUCAAAGUUGAAGAAUGAUGAGUAUGCUGAAGCAAUUUUUAAUUUUCAUUUAUUGCAAUGGGUAGAUACGCCAAUCUUGAAACUAGAAGAAAACGAGCCGCAAUUCAUUGAAGCAGCCAAUUAUAUGAUCCCACAUAAGGGAAGUUGUCUAAAUACUAAUGAAACAACCCUGUAG